AGCUGGGAAGGUCCACAGCGAGCCAGGAGCUCAACACCUAAAUGAGGCAUUAAGUCUGAUCUGUUGCUAUCUGUCUGAAACUUCACCAGGGAACACUCGUAAUAGAAAUGGCAGAAAAGGUGAAUAACUUCCCACCGCUCCCCAAGUUUAUCCCUCUGAAACCGUGUUUCUACCAGAAUUUUGCUGAUGAAAUUCCCAUCGAUUAUCAGUCUCUGGUGAAGAGAAUCUACCACGUAUGGAUCUUUUAUUGCGCCACACUAGUAGUGAAUAUAAUUGCAUGCCUGGCGUGGUGGAUCGGAGGAGGCUAUGGGGUCAAUUUUGGUUUGGCCAUCCUCUGGCUUAUCCUCUUCAGUCCCUGCGGCUACGUCUGCUGGUUCCGACCUGCGUACAAAGCCUUUCGGUCGGACAGCUCGUUUAAUUUUAUGGCCUUUUUCUUCAUCUUUGGCGCACAGUUUAUUCUCACGAUCCUGCAGGCGAUUGGUUUCUCCGGAUGGGGAGCUUGCGGAUGGUUGGCGGCCAUUACUUUCUUUAGCACCAAUGUCGCAGCUGCUGUGUUUAUGCUGUUUCCUGCCAUUAUGUUUACAAUGUCAGCGGUCGCAAUGCUGAUCUGCAUUUUAAGGGUACAUAAAAUCUACCGAGGGGCUGGUGGAAGCUUUCAGAAAGCUCAGGACGAGUGGAACAGCGGCACAUGGAGGAACCCCCCCAGCAGGGAGGCCCAGUACAGCAAUUUUUCUGGGAACAGCCUGCCAGAGUAUCCCACAGUGCCCAACUAUCCCCCGGGAAACCAAUGGCCUUAAGCAGCAACAGCUGCAAACUGCCUGGAUUCUCUUCUUUUUGGUCUUUUUAUUAUUGUUAUUUGAAAAGAUCAUUUGCAUUCCUCCCCAAGCACCCCAGUCAUCUUGGGGACUCUUUUGGUUUUUGUCUCCUCAUCACUGCAGAAGAUAAUGUGCUGUCAGCCCUUGCCACCUCCGGAGCACUGCACGGCCUUAUCGGAAGGUUUUUUUGUUUGCCUUGAGUUACCAGUAUUUGUCUCGUUGCAGACUGAAGAACCAACCGUUCACUGCCCUUGCUUGAGGGAAUCUUCUCAUGACCGUAUGUGAAAAAGGCUUCCCCACGACGGCGAACACUACCACGGCUGCUCCUUCUCCUGCCUCCCUGCUUAGUUUUCAUCACAUGCACAGCACACCACCAAGUCGUCUGUAACUGUAACAAACGCAGUCAGAGCAGUAGUAGCAACCGGUGUUUACUCUCCCGGAUAAAUAAUCUGGAAUUUUUCACUCUAAGGGAAAUGCAACACCUAAAUUAUUUGGUACUAGUGAUAUCGAAGGUAUUUGUAAAAUCUACAACCUCAUUUGCUUGCGCUCUCUGGUGAAGAAUCCUUUAGAUAACGGCGCUUGCUGUGGGUGAGUGUUGUUCAGAUGUGAAGUCCGCAAGAGUCCUCAUUUGUCUGGCUAGGACUAUUGUUAUGCUGGAAGUCUUGCUUUCCCUGCUGCCAAACGUUUUUGCCAGAUCUGUCGGCUUCAAAGGUGCAGAUUCAUCUCAUUUGGUUACCGAUUGCUCGCUAAAAGCCUGAUUCAAAGCCCACUGGAAACUACUGAAAAGCUUGCUGACACUGGGCUUUGGGCCUGGCUCCCUGGGUGAUGCUCACCCCGUUACAGGUAGGCAGCACGAGAUCUCUGAGCCAACUUCCACUUAUACGGCUGACCCAAGAAAUGCCCCACGGGACACACCUUGCCCUGUUGGGACACCCUUUUUUCUGGGCUCCCAGCCGGUAGCCACGUGCAAGAUAACUAUUGAUCUCGGUGCUGGGGCCCCAGUGUGGUUUGGGAGUGAUCCUGUUACAAUGAAUAGUUUUAAUUCUGCCUUCUACCGAUGUAGUUGAAAUCCAAACGUUCUGCAGUGGGGUCUGGUAGACCAAGGAAAGCUUGUUAGUCCUCGUAACUGACGUUAGCUGUGCAGACCUGGACUGCGUUUGUGUAGCCAGCAGCACUUUCCUUCCAUGUACGAGCAGAGAGAUUUUUGCCUUUUUCCAAGAAUCAGCUAAAGGGAGGAUAAAGCUGUUGGGAGGGAUUGUUUUCCCUGAGAGCUAGCAUCCGUCUCGUGGUUCAUCUCCAUUCUGUGCAUGCACGUCAGGACUUCUGUAGCCUGAGCCAUCCAAUUCCCCCGUGUCCUACAGCGAUCCAAGCAGCAAAGGCUGCAGUUUUUUCUUCUCCCUCAACAGCCUGCUGUGAAUUUUUUUUUUUUUCAAACCUGUCAAAACUGGGAGGUCAGUUCCCAAUAUUUUUAUAGGGAGUGAGUGUUCAAAGUCUUCGGCUCUGAAAGUUUCGGCCAAUGAUCCUGUGAAGGACGGAGAGCUCCGCUGCGGAGACUUGGGAGGUGUUGGGCACCCCGUGGGUCAGACCCAGAGCCUGCCCGGCUUGGCAGGCUGGCGGAUGGGAUGCCAGAGGUGUUACGGUGUAAGUGGAGUCACUCCAAAUUCACACUGAGUAACUGGAAAACAAAAUUGGCUCCUGGAACGGGACAGGGAGGUUGUCCUAGCUAGGUGGAAUUGAUUUGCAAGUGAUCUUUUGAAAACUCUCUCUACAUGUGCCUUAUCUAAUAAAAUAUUAGUUCACGAAGGAGAACUCUUCCUUCCGCAUUGCCCCUGCAGAACUUUCCAUUUGCUCUAUUAACUUUUCCUGUGUCAUACUGUAAAUACUAAGUGAAGUACAGCUUGGAGUCUGCAUGACACCUUUGUUACUAGGGCCAAAGCGAAAGCAAACAUGAAUCAGAGGGCAGAGCCUCCCUGAAUUUCCGUUUACAAGCAACACUGACGCCCUGCUGCAGAACCAGCCUUUUCCUGGGUUUGGGAUAUUUAACGUGCUCCGAACACGAGGGUUUUUUUUUUUCUUGCGAGUGUGCAAUGUGCUUGUAAGUACGAACGCUUGAAGCCUUCUUAACAGAACACGACCCGAUCGCGUUGUCAAGCUUUUAGGUGCCUUUGUCUUGUGUCAAGUGUAAUUUUAAGUGUUCUUUGUCGCUUGCCAUCGGAGAGUGAUAGAAGAACUGCCUGUCGAUUAACUCCCUGGAAAUACGAUUGCACUACGGGGGAGUGAGGGGAGGUUAAUGGGGCUGAAUGCGAGGUUUGUCAUACUUGGAAGCCAGAACAUGGUGCACCUGUGUACCACGCUCCCCCCGGCCCUGCCCCUCGCCAUCCUCGGCCUCUUGCCAAAAUUUUUCAGAAGCGAUUGGUGUCUGUCCUUUUUUAGGGUGUCAGGUUGGAGAUUUCAAAGGAACCAGGAGGAGAAGCAUCGCCGGGGACUCCGCAUCCUGCUUCUCUUUCUUUUUCCCACCCCCCUCCCCCUUGGAUAAUCUGGGGGGCUGUUUUGAAGCACCCACGUUCGCUCACGUUGCAAAUGCUUGAUGCAAGGGGAAGGGGUACUUAGGAGCCUGCCCACCAAAACGGUCGGAGCCAGACACCAAAAUCGCGACCCGUUAGCAUACGCUGCUUGAGAUCCCUACAGAGCUUAAACGAACCUCUCUGGAUGGGAUCUGCCAUCUCUCAUCCCCCCUCCAUCCUCUUCGAUGCCAGAAACCGUAAUUCCAGAAAGUUGACUCAACACGCUGCCUGAACUACCGUGGCUUAUUUUUUUGGGACGACUCUGUAUGUUUUAAAAUGUUUACAUUAGAUUUCUAAGACUUCUUAACACCAUUAACCUGGGCCUGGCUCCUGGUUUCCUUCGGCAUCACGUGGCGUGUGUGCGCGCGAUGUUUCCCGUCGCUUGUGGAGCUCUGGUUUUUGUUUGCGUUUUUCUCCUGAUCACAAGACAAUAAAUGCUCAUCCUGUGCUUGAUGAGAAGAACUGGC